GGGGGGGGGUGGUUGAGAGACUGAGAUUGCUUGUGCGUGCUGUACCGUGUGUGUGAGUGGGAAUCGGAGGACAUGAGCUCUACACGAGUCGUGUAAAAAUGCUUUAAGACUCUCUCAGCGUUUGUUUUCUGACCCCUUCGAACCGAGGACCAGCCUGAAACGGAGCCUGCGUCUAAAUAUCCAUCACGACCAGGUACAACACCGCCUAAGCCUGCAGAGGCAGAAUGCCGGAGCAGAGCAACGACUACCGUGUGGUGGUGUUCGGGGCAGGAGGAGUGGGGAAGAGUUCCCUGGUCCUGCGCUUUGUUAAGGGUACUUUCAGGGACACCUACAUCCCCACGGUGGAGGACACCUACCGGCAAGUGAUCAGCUGCGAUAAAAGUGUGUGCACUCUGCAGAUCACAGACACCACAGGUAGCCACCAGUUCCCAGCCAUGCAGCGCCUCUCCAUCUCCAAGGGCCAUGCCUUCAUCCUGGUCUACUCCAUCACAAGCAAACAGUCUCUGGAGGAGCUAAAACCCAUUUAUCAACAGAUCCUGGCCAUAAAAGGCAACGUAGAGGCCAUCCCCAUUAUGCUUGUGGGAAACAAGAGUGAUGAAACCCAUCGCGAGGUGGAAACCAAGGAUGGGGAGGACCAGGCCAACCGCUGGAAGUGCGCCUUCAUGGAGACAUCCGCCAAGACCAACCACAAUGUCACAGAGCUCUUCCAGGAGCUCCUCAAUCUGGACAAGAAGAGGAACAUGAGCCUCAACAUCGACGGCAAGCGCUCUGGGAAGCAGUCCCGUGCAGAGAGACUGAAGGGCAAAUGCAGCGUGAUGUAGAGCCAGAAGGAGGGGAAAGGGGAGGACAAGCGAGGAGAGGAGAAGGGAGGGAGGGAGGAUCUAGAUCAAGAUCAAGAGAGAUAAAGAAAAAGGACAAGAUGAAGAAACCACUCCAUGUGUAUCCAAUUAAAGCAAUGCUGCUGCAACGGCAAAGGGAAUCUUAAUAUACACAUCCUCUGUUUGUUUCAGUUGGGCGUUCAAAAAAACAGGAAGAAGCAGAUAUUCAGAAGCGUUUGACUGAGUGGGAGGAAGUGAGAUGUUGGCUUGAUAUCAAGGAAAUGUUGAGAAAACAAAUAAGGUAGAAACACAGAAACAGCGGCGAUUUGCAACACCUAAGUGCAGCAAAAUCUCAGAAUGAUCACAGAAUGGCGCCUUAAUCAAGAGAGAACCAACGUCCCUGAAUAGCAGAAAUAAUUUAUUAUCUUACAAUAAAUCUCUUAAUCUAUGCUUCUCUGCUCAUAACUAAUCUCCUCGUCAGCCUCCCAAACUCCCAUCCUCUGCAUCUCCACUAUUCCAAAAACUUUAGGAAUAUUUUUAUUUGAUUUAAGAUCAGCCAUUUGGUGAAACCUAAUCAGUCCAUUAUACCUCUAAAUUUGUGUAUCACAUAUCUGAGGCUGCCAGCAUGAGCAGAACUCAGCAGAACAUACAACCCUGGCACUUCCCAGAAUCCCACUACUGGGCUCUGAUGUAUAUAACCAUGGGGAUGUGUAAAUAUCUUCCAUCUAGCAGCAACAUGUUCAGCCUCAACAAGUCGUCCAAUCACAGGAGAGGAGCUAAUCACGUCUGCAGCAUUAAAGAUUUCAUCUCAUUGGUUCUGGUCAGAGAUGGAAAAAAUAUGAUGUUGAUAACUGGUCUUUUUAAAAACUCAUCAAAAAAAACUUCCAUAAUCAUCUUCUGCAAUGAGAAGGUUUCUAUCUGUACACUGACACACGCAACAAUCCUUUUAAAACUUUCAUAAAGUGUAGAAUAACCGAAGAGGAGGAAGGUGAACUCCUAUAAACAGAGAGAAGAAUCAAGGCCGCCUUGUUUACCAGGAUGGUACCCUUGGAUAAUCAUUGCCAAGCUGGAAAGAGGGAUAAAAAAUGUUUCCCUGUCAAAAAAAAAAAAAAACUGGAUAAUAUCAGCUCGCUUUGGCACUUUUCAUGUGAAAGUUUCUCUUUUUGCCUUUUUUUCUAGUCUGUUUGCUUUAUAACGAUUUUAAAAACCAUGCCAAGUGGGGCGGAAAUCCUUAAAUUUAAAGCACAUCGAAGAAGGAAUGGAUAGGAUGAUAUAGGUAAAUGAUUAUUCAUUAAACUGUCUUUCCUUUGCUGGUUUGAUUAUAAAUGCAGAGCAGACUUAAACUUCUGUUAAAGAUGAUUUUAAAAGCCUUGAAAUCAAACCAGGAGGGAGGUCUGGUGACUAAUUUAGUCUCUGUUUAACCACUCCUGUUUUUUUUUUUCAUUAUCUGGCUGGAAAUGGUGCAGAAAUUUUCCAGAAUCGUUUUCAAAAUGCUCUCUUUCCCUUUACAUGUUUUAAUAAAUUCACUUAAACUAAAGUUUUUUGUUUUUUUUUAGCACAAGAGGAUACUACUGCAAUAAAAGCUUGAUUUAGGUUUCAUGGAAGGAAACUGGUUUCUCACAUCGUAUUUUUACACCAGGAAGACCUCAAAUACAAUGGUGUUGUACUUGUAUGUAAAUACAGGCAAUGGAGAGGGGGUUCAGGAUGUCAGUAGUAUAGUCCUACCUAUUCAUGCCGAAUAAUCUCUAAAAGACUUGUAGAGAAGAUUUGAAAAUGUAUUUACCUAGAAUUGCUUCUGCAAGAGGAGAUGAAUUAAUUUCAAGGCUUUUAAUCCAUCUUUACAAGGAAUCUGUCUGCCGCUGCGCCUUCAUCCAUUUAUCCAUGAACAGGUAGCAGAGGACGGGAUACACACGUAUGCAGGAAUCAUGCAUGCAGUUGUCAACAAGGAGUAAACACGUAUAUGGCUCUGAAAGUUACUGUUUACUAAUUAUAUUUAGACACAUGGGGCUCACUCAGCUUAAAUGCCCUCAUAUUGCACUUUAUAUCACAAUAUCACACAUACAUUUAAUUUGUUAUAUAGUUCCACUUUAAAGCUCUACCCUAAGUCCAAAGUGAAUUCAUAUAAGGCUGAUAUACAUCUUUACGUGCAGGAGAUCUAAAUGUUGUACACAGGACAGCCAAAAGCACAAUACCUUUUACUAAUAUAUCUUUCUGUACAUUUAGUUUUUUGUUUGAAUAUCUUUCUGUCUUCUUUGUGUAAUGUCAUCAAAGGUCACUCUCAGUCUCAUUGUUUUAAUUGUUCAGUACAUUAGUACAAUGAAGUUGUGGUUCUGCUGAGCAACAGGGUAUCGGUUGGCUGUGUUUGUGGAGCGUAAUCUGAGCUGGAUGAUCCAGAUUUUCUCCAUUUUCUCAGGAUAGACUUUUGACAACAACUAGCGAGGAGGGUAAUCUGCUUAUGUACUUUUUCAACCCAAAGACACAGAUGAUAAACCCAUUUUAACUGAGCUCCCUCCUCCUAGGGGUGGAACAGACAAGCAAAAAAA